CAGCCGUUGGAUUGAAUGAUUUGAGUUCACCUGUGACGUAUCGAGAUAAUCAAAAGAACACCACCGCCCUUUCUCUCCUCUUGCGAGAUAUUUCUCUCUUACACAUCUGAGUGCUUUGAACCACCACAGUGAGAGGACGUUCCCAGAAAAAAAUGGCCCACGACACUCACACCGAUGACUUAGACGAGCUUCUCGACAGCGCCUUGGAUGAUUUCAAGGAUCUCAAUCUUACACAAAAAAGUGAAGAGGUGAAGAAAGAAGAUGGUGGAAAAGAAGAGAUGGAGUCGUCAUCAUUGCCUAGUGGGGUUCAAGGCCUUGGAAUGGGUUUACCAGACAUGAGGACCAAGAAGAAAGGAAAGAACAAGGUUGCCAAAGAGGACCAUGUUACCGAGGCUCUUGAUAAACUCAGGGAACAAACUAGAGAAACCGUUAAAGGCCUCGAGUCCUUGUCUUCCAAGCAGCUGCAGCCUCCUGGUUCUUCUUCUGAUGAUGCUAUGGUUGAAGAUUGGAUCAAACAAUUCGAGGAUCUUACUGGAUCUCAGGAUUUGGAGUCGAUAGUGGACACGAUGAUGCAACAGCUGUUGUCCAAGGAUAUUCUCCACGAACCAAUGAAAGAGAUCGGGGCGAGAUACCCGAAAUGGCUGGAAGAGCAUGAAAGCAGUCUAAGCAAAGAAGAUUUCGAACGUUAUUCACGCCAGUAUGAACUGAUCAAAGAGCUCAACUCGGUGUACGAGGACGAACCAAACAAUUCGACCAAGAUUAUGGAGAUUAUGCAGAAGAUGCAAGAGUGUGGACAACCGCCGAGCGAUAUUGUGCAAGAGAUGGAUCCUGGCUUUGAUUUCGCUAGUCUAGGACAAAUGUCCCCGGAUAUGCUUGAGUCUUCACCAAAUUGUCGUGUGAUGUGACGGUUGAAACAGGUGUGGUGGCCUCGUCAAGCCAUUUGAUACCAUGUUUUUUUUUCUCUGUUCUGUUUUGCGUUGUGCAAUGCAAAGCUUGUGUUUAGGUGUUUAAUUAACUUAAUACUUUAGUUAUUUUAUAUUUUGAUCAGUUCAGGUU